AUGAGCGAAGAUAAACCAUAUAUGUAUUUGGUGAAAAUGCGAUGGUGUAAAAUGCGUCAAAUUGACCACAUGACAUUAGCGAAUUUUGGCGACGGCGCGCAUCCCGCCCACGCCCCGUCGCGGUUUCGCCACUCGGGGCGCGGGGCGGCGCGGGGUGGGGCGCGGGGCGGGGAGCAGCGGUGGCGGUGGCGGUGGCGGCGGCGGUGCGCGCACGGGGCCGCCAGUCGCCCGCAGUCAUCGCCGAAGACCGGAGCGCAGCCAGGAGCACGCAGCAUGGCGGCCACCGCACACCGGGACGGCGAAUCCGCCGCGUACUGGAACUUCCUGCAUUGCCCCUCUUUUCUGACUUCCUGCACAACCCUUCCUCUCCAGUCCCGCCCACUUACACCUACCCCCGUGUUCGGCCCCCGUGUGAUGAAGGGAAUUGGUGCGUGCCCGCAGCCCUACCGCACCACCCCGCUGGUGCUGCCGGGCGCCAAGGUGAAGAAGGACGCGGCGCAGACCGAGUCGUACCUGCGCCACCACCCGAACCCAAUGUUCCGCGCGCCGCCCUCGCACUACGACCCCUCCGUCGAAGUGCUCAUGAAGCAGAAGGUCGCAGACACCGUCCUGCAGAGAGUAGUAGGCGAAGAGGCGGCUGGAACCAAGCACCGGCCCCAAAGUCGCUUCCGCGCGCCCGCUUUGGGCACCCCUAUGGGCUCCAGACGUUACUCCGGGGAAGGCAGGUCAGGUUUCCGCGACGCGACGCGACCUUUGAGCGGCGUCGACGCAGAGGAGUAG